CCCCGCCCCUUGAGCUCGCUUUCCGCCUGCGCAGGCGCAAGGCCGCAAGAUGGCGGCGGCUGGAGCCGGCCGUCUAAGGCGGGCGGCGUCUGCCCUGUUGCUCCAGAGACCGCGCUUGCCGGCCCGGGAGCUAUCAGCGCCGGCACGGCUGUAUCACAAGAAGGUGGUUGAUCAUUACGAAAAUCCCAGAAAUGUGGGGUCUCUUGACAAGACCGCUAAGAAUGUUGGAACCGGAUUGGUGGGGGCUCCAGCAUGUGGUGAUGUAAUGAAAUUACAGAUUCAAGUGGAUGAGAAGGGGAAGAUCGUGGACGCCAGGUUUAAGACGUUUGGCUGCGGUUCUGCAAUCGCCUCCAGCUCGCUGGCCACCGAGUGGGUAAAAGGGAAGACGGUGGAGGAAGCCUUGACCAUCAAGAACACAGACAUUGCCAAGGAGCUGUGCCUCCCACCAGUGAAGUUGCACUGCUCCAUGCUGGCGGAAGACGCGAUCAAGGCCGCCCUGGCGGACUACAAACUGAAACAAGAACCCAAGAAAGGGGAGGCAGAGGGCAAAUGAGCCCCCCCGUGGCAGAGCUGCCCGCAGGACGCUUCGCUUCAGCCGCUUGCCCACCGCUGCUUGCCCACCGCCGCGCAGCCGCCGUAGCGCUCCCAGGGCAGAGCUGCGCCCUGCCGCAGCCUUGCUGUUCACGUGUGGCUGUAACACAGCAAAAUACACCGUUUAACUGUUUGGAAUCCUGUGCUUUCUUUCAGCCCCUUUUGUCGCCUUAGUCUGGUUUAUGUUUAUUUGGAACUGUGUGUAUAUGGUCUCAAAAACUGCCAUUGGUAGCGAAGUCUCAAGUUUUGCUUGUCCAUGAAGUGCUCAGAGGUGUGUUUUACCCGAAUCUAUUUGGGGAAGGUUACCAACAGAAUGCCUUGGUGUGAUUAUUUGACAGAGCUGAGUAUUGUACAUAAAACAGAUCUGCAUAUAUAUAAUAAAUAAAAGAAUGUGUUUCCCUCUGCAA